AUGACGACACCUUGGGAUGACCAAAUCAUAUGGGAGACUUCGGGUUUUCUUCGCUUCCUGAAGGAACAUCAUGUGGAUACGAAAGAUCUUAUCAAUCCUUCAUCCAAUGGUGAAUCUCUACGUUUCUUCAGACUCAAGCAAGUGGCACGAAAUAACGACAAGGAGAGUAAAGAUCCUCGGCUGCAGCUAAUAGCUGCCAACUUGGCUCAAGAAACCGCAGAAAUCGACGCUGAACGGGCUAAGAACGUCGUGCCACAAGCUGUCAAGUGGCUUCCAGGCUUCUUUUCACUACCCGUGUCCGCCCCACUGGCUCGAGUUUCUCUAUACCAAGACGGGCAAGUGUAUGGUAUCGACAUUUCGUCGGGUUUUGCUGUUUCACUGCUGGAAAUUCAGCCUGGAGAGCACGUGCUGGACUUGUGCUGCGCUCCUGGAGCCAAAUUGACGAUGAUCGCCGACCUUCUGCAGCUCCGUGGAAGCGUUACAGGCAUUGACUAUUCACGCUCGAGGUUGUGUGCUUGUAGACGAUUGGUGCACAAAUAUCAGCUCCUGGGUGCAGGUACCCAGUGGAGGUGCAGACUAUUUUUUGCUGAUGGAAGGACCUUCAACAUCGGACCCAAGACGGAAUGUGCACAGGUUGAUGGAGUGGAGUUGCUGCUGGACACGCAAGAGAUAGCAUCAAGAGCUCCGAAAGAUCGGAAGCGUAAGCGCAAGAACAAAAGCGCUCGCGCGCGAGAUGCGAAGCAGCAGAAGCUGCUGCUGGCUGACGCUGCUCUUUAUGACAAGGUUUUAGUGGAUGCCGAGUGUACGCACGAUGGCUCCAUCCGCCAUCUACAGCGACUGAAUACGGCUGAUAAAUGGGAGAAAUAUGUGCUCGACCAUUUGAAUGCAAACGAGGUCGGACGGAUCUUGAAGCUGCAGCGUGGACUCAUCCGGAACGGCUUCAAGUUGUUGCGUCCUGGCGGCACGAUGAUUUACAGCACUUGCAGUUUGUCCACCAAGCAGAAUGAAGAUAUUGUGUCAGAGUUUCUUCAGGAUGAACCGCUUGCUAAGCUUGACGCGAUCGCACGUAGCAAAGACGUUCCAUGUCAGGAGGGAAAACUUCCAGGCACUUUACGCUUCACCCCGUCGCAAAACACGAGUGGGCUCUUCAUCGCCCGCAUUCGUAAAGCAGCGGCGGAUUCACAAGUGCCCGAACGAGAACACUAA